CCCGGCCGGCUGGGCGACCCGCGGGAGGCGCAGCUCCGGGAGGGAGCAACCCGCGCCACCGUCCGGCCCGAGCUCCGUACCCAGAGUCCUUUGCCAUGAGCCAGCCGGCCCCGGGAGCCCUGCCCCCGCCCCGCCGUGUGAGGCUGAAGCCCUGGCUGGUGGCCCAGGUGAACAGUUGCCAGUACCCAGGCCUUCAGUGGGUCAAUGGGGAAAGGAAGUUCUUCUGCAUCCCCUGGCACCACGCUACCCGGCAUGGGCCGAGCCAAGAUGGAGAUAACACCAUCUUCAAGGCUUGGGCCAAGGAGACGGGCAAGUACACCGAGGGGGUAGACGAGGCUGACCCGGCCAAGUGGAAGGCCAACCUGCGCUGUGCCCUUAACAAAAGCCGCGACUUCCGCCUCAUCUACGACGGACCCCGCGACAUGCCGCCGCAGCCCUACAAGAUCUAUGAGGUCUGCUCCAACGGCACUGCUCCCACAGAGUCCCAGCCUGCUGAUGAUUACAUUCUGGGUGCCGGAGAAGAGGACGAGGAGGAAGAGGAAGAGCUCCAGAGGAUGUUACCAGGCCUGAGACUCACAGAACCAGUGCAGCCGGGGCCUCCCAUGGCACCAUAUUCUUUACCCAAAGAAGAUAUUAAGUGGCCACCUCCUCUUCAGCCACCUGUAGGGCUGCGUCUUCCUGCCCCAGACCCCAGCCUCUUGGCCCCUCCCUCCAGCAAUCCUGCUGGCUUCGGGCAGCUUCUGCCUGGGGUCCUGCCAAGCCUGGAGACCCAGCCCCUGGCCACAAGCCUGCCCCCCGCGGGAGAACAACUCUUGCCCGACCUGCUGAUCAGCCCCCACAUGCUGCCUCUGACUGACCUGGAGAUCAAGUUCCAGUACCGAGGGCGGCCCCCGCUCGCCCUCACCAUCAGCAACCCGCAAGGCUGUAGACUGUUCUACAGUCAGCUGCAGGCCACCCACGAGCAGGUGGAACUCUUUGGCCCCGUGAGCCUGGAGCAAGUGCGCUUCCCCAGCGCCGAGGACAUUCCUAGCGACAAGCAGCGUUACUACACGAACCAACUGCUGGAUGUCCUGGACCGCGGGCUCAUCCUGCAGCUCCAGGGCCAGGACCUGUACGCCAUCCGUCUGUGCCAGUGUAAGGUGUUCUGGAGUGGGCCUUGUGCUUCAACCCAUGGCUCCUGCCCCAAUCCCAUCCAGAGGGAGGUCAAGACCAAGCUCUUCAGCCUGGAGCAGUUUCUCAAUGGCUUUGCUCUUGAUGCAGAGCUCAUCCUGUUCCAGAAGGGCCAGACCAGUACCCCACCACCUUUUGAGAUCUUCUUCUGCUUUGGGGAGGAGUGGCCUGACUGCAAACCGAGAGAAAAGAAGCUUAUCACUGUACAGGUGGUGCCUGUUGCAGCACGAUUGCUGUUGGAAAUGUUCUCAGGGGAGCUUUCUUGGUCAGCGGACAGCAUCCGGCUACAGAUCUCGAAUCCAGACCUCAAAGACCACAUGGUGGAACAGUUCAAAGAACUCCAUCACAUCUGGCAGUCCCAGCAGCGGCUGCAGCCUGUAGCUCAGGCCCCACCCGUGGCAGGCCCUGGCACUAGCCAGGGCUCCUGGCCUAUGCACCCAGUUGGUAUGCAGUGAUGCGGUUACAGAUAAUGGCUCUCCCAGGCUUCCUGGGGCUGUGCGGGUAUGGCAGUAAGAGUGGCUCCAGCAGGCAUGGCUGGCUGCCAAGUUCUACUUCUGGGUCUCCUGGCGGUAGAUCUGGGCUAGGAAGGACUGAGAAGAGAGACCUGAAGUCAGGUUCUCCCCAGCCAUCUUAUUGGAGGACUCUUGUCUUCCUGGGACUGCCUGUCUGGUGAUGGCUCUGCUCCUGAGAGAAGUGCAAUCAGCAGCUUCACUGAAGAAGGAAUGUCUGCUUCCCUGGGUCCUAGCUUCACAGCGAAGCACCUCAGGCUGGCUCACUUUUAUGGUUCCCCCAUUUCCUCUAGCAAAAAAGAGCCAAGGAGUAUUGUGGUCCAGGUCCCCACCAUCAGGGCCUCAGCAAGGAAUGAUCCUGGUUUAGGGGUUCCCAAAGCUGAGCCUCGCUUUAUCGUUUCUUCUUCCUGACACGGAUAGGAUCCUGUAGAUGUCACCGGACACUUGAGUCUGGUAGCUACCCUCAGAGUCUUAAGAAUCUGGGGUAGAAAGUAGAAUGUAGUUUGUUGGAUUAAUAAAUGUUCCAAGAAUA